UAUUAGGAGAGAGGAAGCUGUUGCAGAGACGCGUAUAAGGACUAUAAGCGUCUUGUCUCCUCCUGCGAUGCCUCCGCGGUUUCCUUCAGACGCCAGACCUGGAGCCCAAGAUGUCGUGCCUUUCCCCGUCAGCACAGAAGCCAUACAACCAGCACAUGACAUUAAAACCCAACUUGCCCCUUGCUCCUCCGGCGUGCAAUACGAGGCAACGGCAAUGCAAUAUACAACAGCCAGCCCCGUCGUCUUGGCCUCUGCAACAUGCCCAAUUUGCAAGGCGGGUCUUAUCCAGCAAGAAUUCCCUCUUGGCCUCCUCUGCUGUUAUCUCGUGAGGAGGAUAAGAUGCAGCAACUGUGGCAAGGAGUUCUGAAGGCGCAGGAUGUCUUGCUAUAAGGAUGGCUGUUCUUGGUAUU